AAAGGUGUGUGGGACUGUGGGUAUUACGUGGUGUGAACUUGUCAACUUGAUCUCAUACUCCCGCUGGGUAAAUGGUUUCCCUUUGUGUUCAUGGAAGAAAAUGUCAGGCAUUAAAGUAGACAUUCACAACCACAUCUUGCCAGAGAGAUGGCCGGAUUUAAAAGAGAGAUAUGGUUAUGGCGGGUGGAUCCAGCUUCACCACCACUGCCAAGGGAAGGCAAGGAUGUUAAAGGACGGCCAACUCUUUCGAGUGGUGGACGAGAACUGCUGGUCUCCCGAAGCUAGGAUAAAAGACAUGGAUAAUACAGGUGUAACUGUACAGGCCCUAUCAACCGUACCAGUUAUGUUCAGCUAUUGGGCAAAGCCAGAGGACACACUUGACUUGUGUAAAAUUUUAAACAACGAUUUGGCUCAAACUGUUGCCAAAUUUCCAAAGAGAUUUGUCGGGCUGGGCACGCUUCCUAUGCAGGCACCCGAGCUAGCUGUUCAAGAACUGAAACGUUGUAUUAAGGAGCUAGGCUUUCCUGGUGUUCAGAUAGGCUCUCAUGUCAAUGAGUGGAAUCUUGAUGCUACCGAGUUACAAUGUGUAUUUGCUGCGGCUGAGGAGUUGAAUGCAGCUGUGUUUGUUCAUCCUUGGGACAUGGAGACAGGUGGCCGUAUGUCAAAAUACUGGUUACCAUGGCUAGUAGGGAUGCCAGCAGAGACAGCAACUGCCAUUUGUUCUGUUCUGUUUGGUGGCGUGCUGGAGAGACACCCAAACCUAAAGAUAUGCUUUGCUCAUGGAGGAGGAUCCUUCCCUUAUACCAUUGGAAGGAUUGAGCAUGGUUUUAAUGUACGCCCUGAUCUCUGUGCCACUGAGAAUAGUGUCAAUCCUAGGAGUUACAUAGGAAAGGUGUACACUGAUUCAUUGGUUCAUGAUCAAAAGGCACUCAAGUUCCUGGUAGAUAUCAUUGGAGAGGAUAGAGUUGUUCUAGGAAGUGAUUAUCCAUUUCCUCUGGGAGAACACUUCCCAGGGAAACUGAUUGAGUCAAUUGAAGAAUGGGACACAUCACUUAAGGACAAACUUCUCAGCAAGAAUGCAUUUGAGUUCUUGGGUCUGGAUCCCUCACAAUAUGAAACCUAACAUUAUUAGAUUUUAAUCCUUUUACACUUAUUAUAUUCCUCAUUGCCCCUUUUCAUCACUGAUUUUAUUUAAUAAUAA